AUGUCAAUUAUCUUGGAGCUAGAUCAAAAGCAGGACUUAUCGGCCGUUAUAACACAGCUAGACGAUUUUCAAAGGCGAGGAAUUACGGAAGAAGUUUUGAAAAAGCAAUGCUCUCUUCUCGAUUCUGAAAAACAGCAAAUUCAGCACGCAGACUUUGGUAAUUUAACAAAAUUACGGAAAUAUCUAACAAAUGAUUUGGUUACUAUUUUAAAAAAAGAUAACUCAAAACUUCUUCAAUUAUUUCAAGAGCGAGCAGCUCGUAUAUUUCAUUUACUCGAGAAAACUGGCUUGCGGCCAAAUCAGCUUAAUCAUAUACUUCCUUUAUUGUUUGACAUUGCGUGUUACGAUUCUUGCCCUUUUACGGUUGCGUCCUCUGCUGCAAGAAAACUUCUUACGACAAUUUUUAACGGGUGCCAGAAAGAUGUUUUGUCACUUUACAUUCUUGAAAAUAUUUAUCCAAAAUAUUUCGCCAGCAAUGAACGAUUAACAAAUAGCGGCCGGAAGUAUGAGUAUGAACUCCCGCCCGCGAGACUUCAAAUACAAAAUUCUAAAGAGUUAUUUACUUCUUCUUGGAAAGACAUCUAUCCAUUGUUGCCUUAUUCUAUUAUAUGGGUUAUACAAUCUAUGAACGCAUAUUCAGUGGAAAAGGAGGAUAUGAGCAAACAAGUUUUACAACGAGCGUUUCUUGUCUUAAACAAACUGCUGAAAGAGGAACAGCUUGAUUGUUUGCUUACGCAGUCCAUCUUCCCUCUGUUCACGUAUGCAAACAAUUAUCCGGGUAUUUUACACCAAGCUUGCAGUCAAAUUGUCGAUGUGUUCAUAAAAAUGGAUGACAGAGCGCUCGUUUUCUUAACACCGUUCAUUGAUAGUGUCUCUUUCGUUCUCUCUGAUCCAAGAAUUUCCGAUGCUAACGACAGUUUCCUUGGUAUACUCGAUUCGCUGAUUCAAGUUCUGAGGAUGUUUCCUCAACGAAUUGGCACACACCAUACCAAGUUACUUAGGAUGUGGAUUCUGUGCAACAAUCAUUUAAGUACAGACAUUUCACAAACGGCACGAAUUGAAUCUCAAAACAGACUUAAUUCGCUACUGGACCUCAUACUUCAGAAUUUAGAUGACACAUUUGCGGCAGACAUCAAGCUGAUAUCCGAGUUUCUUCCUGAAAAAUAUCGACGUUCCUAG